CGCCUCUCUUCCGGUUACGUGUUACGGCAGCCGGAACCCGGAAGUCUGCAGCUUGUUGUGAGUUGGAGAAUCCGUGGCCGCUGGUUCCGACCCGGAUUUAGCUGAAAUGGCUGGUUCGACCGGUCCUGGUCGGUCCAUGUCGGCCGCCCUGCUCGCGCUGCUGUUGGCGGGUGUGACCGGACCGGCCUCCGCGGUGUCCGAGCAGGGAACGUGGAUGCUGACCGUGGACAGCGAGAGCGUGAAGUCGCCGAACCCCUUCUUCUUCACCAAGACUCUGUUUAACAACAGCAUCAUCAGCCUGAAAGUUGUGUCACAGAACUGCUCGGUGUCGCCGCCCGUCCUGCUCAAAGUGUCGUGGUAUCUGAGGAACUCGCACUGCUACAAGGAGAUCUUCAACAGGGACGCAAAGCCUAAUUAUUUUAAGAAUUACUUCAAAUCGGAGGAGGUCCAACUGAAAGGAGGCAGCGGCUAUUUUGUCUUCCACGAGUAUCCCACCUUCGACUGCAGCUCCGACAAGAACCUGGACGUGUUCAGCGUGGAAAAGUUUGACCAGAAGAAGCAUCUGAAGGAAAUCCAGCAGACGGCGACCGUCACAGAGAAGACCCCAGGGAGGAGGAGGAGGAGGAGGAGGAGCCCGGAUCUCCCCAAACCAAAGCCGAAUGCGUCUGGAAAUUCCUCUAAACAGGCGGCCGUCUUCCCUCACUCGGACGCCGUGGCUCAGACCUGGGAGGACGGACCGUACAUGUUCCUCCUGAGCAUCGAAGACCUCAACAAGAACCGGCCCGCCGACGCCGCCUGGAGUCUGCAGAUGCGGAUCAGCAUGAAGGGCCCCCACGACUACAUAUCUGCCUCCGAGUGGCCCCUGAUGGUGUUCUACAUGGUGAUGUGCAUCGUGUACGUGCUGCUGGCCGUCCUGUGGUUGGUUCUGUCCGCCUGCUACUGGAGGGACCUGCUCCGGAUCCAGUUCUGGAUCGGAGGCGUCAUUUUCCUGGGCAUGCUGGAGAAAGCCGUCUACUACGCCGAGUACCAGAGCCUCCGCUACGAAGGCUUCUCAGUCCAGGGGGCGGUGGUGUUCGCCGAGGUGCUCUCGGCGGUGAAGAGGACUCUGGCCCGGGUGUUGGUCAUCAUCGCUAGUCUGGGAUACGGCAUCGUGAAACCGCGGCUCGGUGCUCUGAUGCACAGAGUGGUGGGCGUCGGCCUGCUCUACCUCAUCUUCUCCGUCAUCGAGGGAAUCCUGCGGGUCAACGCUGACCAUGGCGAUAACGGCAGCAGUACCAUCGUUUGUCAGAUAGCGCUGUCCCUCAUUGACUCCUGUAUUGUCUGGUGGAUCUUCGUGAGUCUGGCUCAGACCAUGAAGCUGCUGAAGCUGAGGAGGAACGUGGUGAAGCUGUCGCUCUACAGACACUUCACCAACACUCUCAUCUUCGCCGUCAUAGCCUCUGUCAUUUUCAUCGUUUGGGCCACCAAGACCAUCACUCUGUCCGUGUGCCAGGCCGACUGGAGGGAGCUGUGGAUCAACGACGCCUUCUGGCGCUUCCUGUUCUCCACCAUCCUGCUGGUCAUCAUGUUCCUGUGGCGGCCGUCCGCCAACAACCAGAGGUACGCCUUCAGCCCCCUGGUGGACGAAGACAGCGAGGAAGAGGAGAAGGAGCCCAUGAUGAACGAAGCUUUCGAGGGGAUGAAGAUGAGGGGCGCCAAGGCGGAGACCAACGGCUCGGCCAAAGCCGGCAAAGUGGACGAGGACCUGAAGUGGGUGGAGGAGAACAUCCCAUCCUCCAUGGCGGACGUAGCGCUGCCCCCCCUGCUGGACUCAGAUGAGGAAAUCGUGACGACCAAGUUUGAGAUGUCCAAGAUGGAGUGAAUCCCACAAGUUUGAGGAGAGACUCUGCUGGAGGAGGCGGAGCAAAAGAAGGCUCUGACGAGCACGGCGGAGGAACUGCAGGGAGGAGGAGGAGGAGGAGGGUCUUCAUCCCAGAGUUUAUCAGCUUUGUAAGCCUUGGUGUAAAUACAGCGGCGUCUGAGAUGUUCACGCCGACCUUUGACCUUCUGGGGUUUUUUGUCUGUUUAAUCUGCGUUUUAUUUUGGCGAGCUUCCUCUGCUGCAGAGCCCCCCCUCCCCCCUCCAGGGUUUUUGUUUUUCUCUGAACACUAACGUCUGCGUGUUCGGCCUGGCCACGCGUGGAGCGUGACGCCACCAAAGCUCCUGGGUUCUGUUUGUGGCUCUUCCUAGCAGGUUCUCCUGUUCUUUCAGCACCGAGAUGUUCUUCUUCUUUGUGUUUUUCUUAAGACCCACAGCCGUGUUGGACGUGUGUUGGACGGGCCCUCAGUGGGCGGGGUCAAUGGGGUCAGAUCCACAGAAACGUCUGGACUGAAACUUGGUGGUUUUGUGGAAACGGGUUUAUUAAAGUUCACAGAAAUUAAACAUUUAUCCACACAAAA